AUGGAUUUAGAGUCCUCUGUUGGACUACUCGACGGUCAGAACCGAGAUCCAAGCGCAUCCAAAGAGCUUGAGGAAUUCGUGCGGUCGGAUCAUUCCCUCGGCAAGAAGAGAUCAUUGCGAGCAAAGCUUGCCGUCUGGGCGCUCCGAUUCCUUAUCGGACUCAUGGCAUUCAUAGGCAUCAUGAAUACAGUCAACGGGCUGGCAAAUGUACGAGUCGAACGAUUCGUCCCAUCGUACGACAACCCCAAGCACGCAGCCGAAUACUCGAAUCACCCAUGCUACUGUGGAGAGAGCGUGGCAGAAGCCCGAUCCAACGGAUGCGUCUUUGAUGAGUUGUCGACGGCAUGGCUACCAGACCGCUGCCGAGACGAGGAACUUGCGGCGGAAUUUUCAACCAAGGGCGACGGUCCUAACGGAACGUGGCUGUACUGGGCAGACGAGGAGCAUACGCAGCCGCUGACUGUGCAUGAAAUUUCAAUGUACGCUGACCUCGGCACCCGUCACUUGUUCCAUAUGAAUAUCGAGUGGCAUCGACAACACUGUCUGUACUCGUGGCUCAAGGAGCAUCGUUUCAAGACGCGACCUGACAAGGUCUUCGAUCCGAGGUCCGACUCAGACGGCCAUAUCUACCAUUGUAUGUCGGUUUUCAACAGUCCGAGGCAGGAGACGGAGGCUGGUGCGGUCCUUGAAGUAUGA